AUGGCUCCGCUGAGCAAAAAACGCAAGCAACAGCCUGCCGCCGGGCCCAAUGCGAAGCGCAGCAAAAGCGGCAAGGCCAGCACUCCCCGCCAUUGCGUCGAGGAUGCCAGCUCGCUGGCCUGGCAGACCUUUGGCGAGGACUUUGGCGGCCUCGAAGUCAUUGAGGGUGUCGACGUCGUCAGGGAGGGCGACCGCGUAACCUUUUUCGUGGCAGACACGCCGGCGGGUAAGGCGGCGGUGGCCAAGGACCAAGAGGCGGACGGCGACGACGGCGAAGUGUUUGAAGGUUUUGGCGAUGACGGCGAUGACGGCGACGACGACAACAAUAAGGUGAACGGAAAAACCAACGAGACGGAUACUGGCAAGGAGACGAAAAAAGCGAAGGCGCAGGAUGCGAAAUCAAAGACAGAGAAGAAGACGAAAAAAAAGACGGCGACGCCGAAUGCGCAAGACCGCAAACUAGAGGCACAGACGAGCAAGAAGCAAAAAGGCGACGUGCACACGAAUCCUUUUGGCGUGCUGAUGAAUGCAAAUGACGAAUACGACGACAGCGGCCUGGAUCUGAAGAAAUGGGUUGCGCUGAACCUCUCGCCUGCGACCGUCUCGGCCAUUGGCAAGCUGGGCUUUGCCAGCCCGACCGAGAUUCAGGAGCAGACGAUUCCACACAUAACGGGCGGCGCCGAUGUCAUCGGCAAGGCGCAGACAGGCUCUGGCAAGACGCUGGCCUUUGGCAUCCCGAUUGUCGAGCGCUGGCUGGAGCUGCACCAGAGCACCGACGAGGAGGACGAGGCCGAGGCCGAGGCCAAAAAGGAGCGCAAAGGUCCGAUAGCAGUGAUUCUGAGCCCGACGCGCGAGCUGGCCAAGCAGAUUGGCGACCACAUCAAGGCGCUGUGCGACGGGCUGCCGACGGCGGCGGCGCCGUACGUGUGCGUGGUGACGGGCGGGCUGAGCAUCCAGAAGCAGCAGCGGCAGCUGGCCAAGGCGGACAUUGUGAUUGGCACGCCCGGCCGCCUGUGGGAGGUGCUCGACGGCAACAUGAAGCUGCAGGACGAGUUUUGCAGGAUUCAGUUUCUGGUUGUCGACGAGGCAGACAGGCUGUUCAAGGCGGGCCAGUUCAAGGAGGCGGAGCUGAUCAUCGGGGCGCUGGACCGUCGCGAUCCAGAGGCGGAGGACGACUCUAGCGAUGACGAGGAUUUCUCUGAAGAAGAGGAUGAGGACGCAGACGCGCGCCAUCCGCCGCCUAGGCAGACGCUCGUCUUUUCGGCCACGUUUGACAAGGGCCUGCAGACCAAGCUGGCGGGCAAGACGCGCCCGUCGGCGAGCCAAGGCGCCACAGACGAGGAAAAGAUGGCGUACUUGAUGCAGUGCCUCAAGUUUCGCGGCCAGCCCAAGUUUAUCGACGCCAACCCCGUCGAGCAAAUGGCAGAGGGUCUGCGUGAAGGCCUCAUUGAGUGCGGCGCCAUGGAAAAGGACCUGUACCUGUACUCGGUGCUGCUCCUGAACCCCGGCCGCCGCACGCUCGUCUUUGCAAACUCCAUCUCGGCGGUGCGGCGCGUCGCGCCCUUUUUGCAGAACCUCAACGUGCCCGCGCAGCCGCUGCACUCGCAAAUGGCGCAAAAGGCGCGGCUGCGCUCCCUCGAGCGCUUCGCCGCCACCCCGGGCAGCGUGCUCGUCGCCACCGACGUUGCCGCGCGCGGCCUCGACAUUCACGCCGUCGACCUCGUCUUGCACUACCACGUGCCGCGCACCGCCGACACCUACGUGCACCGCUCCGGGCGCACCGCGCGCGGCGCCCGCGCCGGCGUCAGCGUCCUACUCUGCGGGCCCGACGAGGUGCUCCCCACGCGGCGCCUCGCCGCCAAAGUCCACGCGAAGCGGCAGCAGCAGCAGCAGCAGCGAGGCUCCUCCUCCUCCUCCUCCAAGUCAUACAACCACAUUAUUGAGACGCUGCCGCUUGACAAGAAGAUUGUCGCGCGGCUCAAGCCCCGCGCCGACCUGUCCAAGAAGCUGGCGGACGCGGUGCUGGCAAAGGAAAAAGCGCACAGCGAGGACGCGUGGCUGCGCGGCGCGGCCGACGAGCUCGGCGUCGAGUACGACGAAGACGAGUUUGAGACGAACAACGGCGGCGGCGGCGCAGGGUUCCGAGGCGGUCGCGGGGGUGGGCGCAAGCGCAAGGAGAAAGAGGCCGCGGCGCUGAGCAAGGCCGAAAUGGGGGCGCUGCGCGCGCAGCUGCGCGAGGACUUGGCGCGUCGCAUCAAUUUGGGCGUCAGCGAGCGCUACGUGGCGGGCGGACGCGUCGACAUGGCCAAAUUGAUUAGGGAAAAGGAAAAGGCAACGGUGGGAGGACUCUUUCUGGGCGGCGACGAUUCGUUUGGGCUGGGUUUCGGCAUGACACUGUAG